UUUAUGUUCAACGAGUAGUAAAACAAAAAAACUAUACCCAUUAUAUUUUGUGCAAUCGCAUUCGAUUGAAACCAAUUGACUUCUUUGUUUUUUUCUGACAUAUUUUGAGGAUAUCCUCAUUUGAAGCCAAAUUCUGUUAAGAGGAGUAUAAAAUGGAAGACAAUAUUAUGAAUUUAGUUGUGGUUGGAGUCAUUUCAUGGUCAACAAUUUUUCUGUUGACAAGGAGGGUCUUCCCCAAGCUUUCAUUUGAUUUCUCCAACCGAGUUGUUUCAACGAUUCAUGCAACUUUAGCUGUGAUAUUGGCCUCUCUCACUGUUCAAGAUUGGAGGUGCCCAGUUUGUCCCUUGGCUUCAAAAUCUUCCCCAAAGCAGAUGCAAACUCUAGCAAUGAGCCUUUCUUAUAUGAUCUAUGAUAUGGUAUGUUGCCUCUUUGACAAGCAAGUCAAAUUGGACACCUCGAUCCAUCAUCUAGUUAGCAUUGUUGGAUUUGGCGCAGGCCUAGCCUAUAAGAAGUGUGGAUCAGAGAUGGUCGUUGCAUUAUGGAUAACCGAAAUUUCCAGCCCUUUCCUCCACCUAAGGGAGCUUCUCAAAGAGCUUGGUUACAAAGACACCGACCUUAGUUUGGUUGCUGAUAUUUUGUUUGCAAUAAUAUUUACAUUCGCCAGGAUGGGCGGUGGGCCUUAUCUCACUUAUGUGACUUUGGUUGCUAACAAUCCAUUUCUCAUAAAGGCAAUGGCUUUGGGCUUGCAACUGGUUAGUGCCUUCUGGUUUUACAAAAUCGUCUUGAUGGUGAGAUACAAAUUGACAAAGAGGACUAGUACGAAAGUUGCGUAAAACCUAUUUGAACCGAGAAAUUGAAAUGGGCUAUAACCUGAUAUUGUGAUCAUCAAGAAUUCAAAGUCCUGCCUGUGGUCGAACUCGCUGGCCAACCUUAUUGCUCAAAUCAUUUAUGUAGAUCAUAACUGAUCAUAACUGUGAGGUUCCAAUUUGAUUGAUUGUGUGUGUUGUGUAGCUGUGUGAUGGGUUCAAUAUCUGGUAUUUAUUAGAUAGAUCUAAACUUUAUUAAUAACUACAAUAAGCCUCAAUUGUUACUAGUCAUUUUGAGGUAUAAUGUAAAUAUGGCUAGACUAGCCUUUUUCCUUGAGUUGUGCAUUUUAUUGUAUCCCUAGACUUUUUAAA